UAGCCGAACACGGAGGCAGCAAUCUCGUUACUCCCGCUUGACGUCAUCCGCGAGCGCCGCAGCGCGGUGGCGGGCACGCGCAGCCGAGAAGAUGUCUCCGACGCCGCCACUCUUCAGUUUGCCUGAAGCGCGGACGCGGUUUACGAAGUCUACUAGAGAGGCCCUGAACAACAAAAAUAUAAAGCCGUUGUUGAAUACCUUCAGCCAAUUACCUGGCAGUGAAAAUGAAAAAAAAUGUACCCUUGACCAAGCUUUCAGAGGUGUUCUAGAAGAAGAAAUUAUAAAUCACUCAUCAUGUGAAAACGUUUUAGCUAUUAUUUCUCUUGCUAUUGGGGGAGUAACUGAAGGUAUUUGUACCGCAUCUACACCUUUUGUAUUAUUGGGAGAUGUUUUGGAUUGUCUUCCUUUGGAUCAGUGUGACACGAUAUUCACUUUUGUGGAAAAAAAUGUUGCUACUUGGAAAUCAAAUACAUUCUAUUCUGCUGGGAAAAAUUAUCUACUACGUAUGUGCAAUGAUCUCCUAAGAAGAUUAUCAAAAUCCCAGAAUACAGUCUUCUGUGGACGAAUUCAACUCUUUUUGGCCAGGCUUUUCCCUUUAUCUGAGAAAUCAGGUCUUAACUUGCAGAGUCAGUUUAAUCUGGAAAAUGUCACUGUUUUCAAUACCAAUGAGCAGGAAAGCACCCUGGGUCAGAAGCAUACUGAGGAUAGAGAAGAAGGAAUGGAUGUAGAAGAAGGUGAAAUGGGAGAUGAUGAAGCUCCAACAACUUGCUCCAUUCCAAUUGAUUACAACCUGUAUCGAAAAUUCUGGUCACUUCAAGAUUACUUCAGGAACCCUGUGCAAUGCUAUGAGAAGAUUUCAUGGAAAACUUUUCUUAAGUAUUCUGAAGAAGUUCUAGCUGUUUUUAAGAGUUAUAAAUUAGAUGAUACUCAGGCCUCCAGGAAAAAGAUGGAAGAAUUAAAAGCAGGAGGAGAACAUGUGUAUUUUGCAAAAUUUUUAACAAGUGAAAAGUUGAUGGAUUUACAACUGAGUGACAGUAACUUUCGCCGACACAUCCUGUUGCAAUACCUCAUUUUAUUCCAGUAUCUCAAGGGGCAAGUCAAAUUCAAAAGUUCAAACUAUGUUUUAACUGAUGAGCAAUCACUGUGGAUUGAAGAUACUACAAAAUCAGUUUAUCAACUACUAUCUGAAAACCCCCCCGAUGGAGAAAGAUUUUCAAAGAUGGUAGAGCAUAUAUUAAACACUGAAGAAAACUGGAACUCAUGGAAAAAUGAAGGCUGCCCAAGUUUUGUGAAAGAAAGAACAUCAGACACCAAGCCAACAAGAGUAGCUCGCAAGAGAACGGCACCAGAGGACUUCCUAGGGAAAGGACCCAACAGAAAGAUUCUAAUGGGAAAUGAGGAGUUAACAAGGCUUUGGAAUCUCUGUCCUGAUAACAUGGAAGCUUGCAAAUCAGAGACAAGGGAAUACAUGCCAACUUUGGAGGAAUUCUUUGAAGAAGCCAUUGAACAGGCAGACCCUGAAAACAUGGUUGAAAAUGAAUACAAGGCUGUGAACAAUUCAAAUUAUGGUUGGAGAGCCCUGAGACUACUAGCACGGAGAAGCCCUCACUUCUUCCAGCCAACCAACCAGCAGUUUAAAAGUUUGCCAGAAUAUCUUGAAAACAUGGUAAUAAAGCUAGCAAAGGAAUUACCACCUCCUUCUGAAGAAAUAAAAACAGGUGAGGAUGAAGAUGAGGAAGAUAAUGAUGCUUUACUGAAGGAAAAUGAAAGCCCUGAUGUCCGGCGAGACAAACCUGUGACAGGGGAACAAAUAGAAGUAUUUGCCAACAAGCUGGGCGAACAAUGGAAGAUCCUGGCUCCCUACUUGGAAAUGAAAGACUCGGAAAUUAGACAGAUUGAGUGUGACAGCGAAGAUAUGAAGAUGAGAGCUAAGCAGCUACUAGUCGCCUGGCAAGAUCAAGAGGGAGUACAUGCAACGCCUGAGAAUCUGAUGAAUGCACUGAACAAGUCCGGAUUAAGUGACCUUGCAGAAAGUCUAACUAAUGACAAUGAGACAAAUAGUUAGCUUCUUUUUCCUUCAUUUUUUUUUUUUUUAUUAAAACUGUGAUAAGAUUUUGUUACCAAGCAGCAUUUGAUAAGAGGUCCAAUGGUUUUGGUAAACAAUAAACAUUUUUAUAACAGUUGUUGUACAGUUGGCUGGUGCUCCAAGAACAAAAGAACACAUUGGCUCUUGAUGACUGACCUCAGGGUUUCAGAAGGGAGUAGGUUGGGAAAUGGCCAAAAUAAAGUGACCUCAAGGUCAAGUAUCUUUGUUAAAUAUUUAUAAUGAAGUCAGUAAGCAAUAUUUAGGGAGCAUGGUGUUUCCUUAUAUGCCAGAUUAGAUUCCUGCAUGCCAUUAGUAGUUACAAAAUUUAAUGUGCUGUUCUGAAAAUCCCAGAAUGACUUUGUGAAACCAUAUGACUGCUCUAUUCUCAUUCAUUUGUGCUUUAAAGCAAAGGAUCAGCAAACAAUGGUCCAUUUUCCACCUGUUUUUACAAGUAAAAUUUCAUUAGCACAGAUGCAGAUUCCUUUAAGUAUGACCUAAGGCUCCUUUCAUGCUACAACACAGUUAAGUAGCCACAACAAAGAUUAUGGCCUGCAAAACCUAAAAUAAUUUACCAUCCACCCUACCCAUUACAGAAAAUGUUUACCUUAUUUCUUUUAAAGUUGGAGGUUGGCAAAGUCUAAAACCUAGUCUUUUUAGCUUUACAAAAAUUAUUUAACCUCUUUAAGUCCUUAAAAUAGAGAUUUAUACUUCAGGGACUAUUGUGAAGUUUGAGAUGUAUUAUGUGAAUGCAAUCUAUAAACAGCAAAGCACUAUGUAGUAAUGGCUGGAGUUACUACUAUCUAUUAGUUACUAGCAACCAGAAAGAUAGUUACUACCAUCUAUUUCCCACGUAAGUAUUAGGUCAUCACUGUUCAUUUGUUUUGAAUCCUGAAAGGCUACUAAGUGCUUAUUACACCAUAAAUGUUCUUGCUUGGGCUUAACGUCCCUAGCUCGUCCUGACAGUGAUACAGCACAGCUGUACUAUCAAAAGGGCCUCAGUGCUCAUGGCACAGUAUACAAGGCACACUCAACAAUGAAGACAUUUUCUGGUCUACUCUCCCUUCUCAAAAACCUUAUAUGCAAGGCUGAACUCUAAAAUAGCCUUACUUAAAACACUGAUAUAAGUCCCAAUUUCUUAUACUUAAAAAAAUCUUUGGAAUAAUGCUUAUUUGGAUCAAGUAAGAUGAAAUCAAUUUUAUAACAAUUAAGGAAUUACAAUUUUAAAAUUCUAACUCCAUACAAGACCUACUUUGUUCUAAACCUACCUCACCUGAUCCAGUAGCUUACAGCAUCCUGCAAAUCAGAAAUGUGAAUUCUAAUUGCUAAAUUUAUGUCCUCAAAAUUGUUCAGACCAAGACAGAAUAAAAACUGCAGUCACAAGCCUCAUGGCAAUAUCUAGGAAUCCUUACCAUUCUUAUGGUAUAUGGUCUCCUCCUCCCCAUUCUAGUCUGUACCCUCUUCCAAGGCAAAGGGAAUAAUGACUGCUAAUAAUUACCAUUUAGCUGAAGAAGCUAUUUACAAGUAAGUUUCCCUGAAACGCUUAUUUUAUCCCGUCUCUGAUUUUAUCAUAUUGUUCAAAGUUUAGAGGAAAAUGGCCAUUAUUCUCUAGGAAACUAGUAGUUAUCGGUGCUGUGCUCUGCAGAGCAUUAAAACAGCCUAAGAUCGGACAUUUCAUGAUAAUCCCCCAAACUUCAUUUUACAUACCUAACUCAAAAUCAGAGACAAAUUGGCUAAUUUUCUAUCUUUGUCUAGCAAUCAAUCAAGAUGAGGAACUAAUUAGAAUGUGUUAAAACGUAAGAAACCUACCAUACUGAAACACCACAUAUUCUUGGUAUUUUUACCAUCACUUUAAAAGUCACUAUUAAAUUCUGAGAUAGAUAUGGAGAUUUUGGGAACAGAUGAAAGUAAAAACAAUUGAGCCAAGGAAAAGAGCAAUAAACGUCAUUGCAGUCAGCAUCCAAAGAACUCCAUUACUUUUACAACUUUAUAUUUCUUUUAAACAAUAUAAUGUGAGGAGGCAAAAAAAAGAUAACAUUUUUUAAAUGGAUGCUUAACAGCAGAAUAAGACUAACCAUCUGCAGAAACUGUAUAGUAUUACAUAUUACCUAAACUCAACCCAAGCUCCAACACUCAGUAGACAAAAGACUUGAGGUCAGAAGCUGUUAGUCCCUCCUUUUUUUUUUUUUUUUAUUAAAUAUCCUCAUUUUCUAAAAAUAAGCAACCAGAGCUUGUCAACUUUUUUUUUUAAAGGUUGAUGACUACAAAACCAUUGCAAAGUUAAAUAUACAAACCAUAGUACAGAGAGACACAGUAAUAAAUGUAUAAUCAAAUGUACUAUUACUGAUCACAAUUUAUUUUAAAGUCAUGAAAAGCCAGCAACAGUCAGGCUGGACAAAUACUUGAUUGUACCCAUGUUUCCAUGGGAUGUGGGCAGCAGCACUGAGUAACACAAUGAGAAAAACACUUACUUCCUUUCUACCUUCCUGGUAAAAUUUUUGUUAGAUAAGGCAAAGGAUGGGCAGCUAUGAAUCACCGGUGGUUUGAACCAUGCAAGAACAACAACAAAGAGUAAUAGGUGUGCAAUAAACAUCUGAUUGCUGAAUCCUGGGCUGAAAAAGGGA